AUGCGAUUUCUGCCCGCCCGCACAAAUGACUCUUCCACUCUGCGAACUAUUUCUCGGAAUCCAGCAUGGCGAACUCAAGGUAUUAAAAGCUCCAAUGAUUCAAUCUCAACUACUCACAAGAUACCUAGAUUUGAAUACGUCAAGAAUUUCGAGCAGCCAGAUGUGCUGCUCCCCAAUACGUGGAUUGUGGUUCGCAUUGAUGGGCGAGGAUUCCACAAACUCUCCGAUCACUAUGGCUUCGUGAAGCCCAAUGACCGUCGCGCAUUGGAUCUGAUGAAUGCCGCCGCAGUCGAGGUCAUGAAAGAACUGCCAGAUCUGUGCAUUGCAUACGGCGUCAGCGAUGAGUUCAGCUUCGUAUUCCAUCCUAACUGCCAGCUCUUUGAGCGUCGUAAUGGCAAACUGGUGACUACCAUUGUCUCUACUUUUACGGCAUACUAUAUCUACAAGUGGAGCGAGUUCUUCCCCGAGACGCCGCUGAAGCCACCCUAUUUGCCGUCCUUUGAUGGUCGUGCGGUGAUCUACCCUAAUGCUCAUAUUCUGCGCGAUUACAUGAGUUGGAGACAGGUUGACUGCCAUAUCAAUAAUCUCUACAACACUACUUUUUGGCAUAUGGUCCUUGAGGGUGGCAUGGGAAACACAGAGGCUGAGUUGGAACUGAAGGUAAGGCAUAUCAUUAUUCCUUCCAAGCACCGUUUACUGACACCGUCAAACCGCCAGGGUACUGUGGCCGCGGAUAAGAAUGAGAUUCUCUUCAAGCGGUUUGGGGUGAAUUACAAUAACGAACUAGAGAUCUACAAGAAGGGCACUGUUCUCUAUCGCCAGUAUGAACUGGAAGAGCCUCAGGCUACAAAGGCACUGGAAGACCAACAACCUGAGGGAAAGCAAUCACGAUCACAGCAGGACAAGGUCCGUAAACUGCGUCGAAAGGCCCAGGUCACAGUUGACCAUGUCGAUAUCAUCAAGGAUGAUUUCUGGGAGAGACGGCCUUGGAUCCUAUCAGGGAACCCGGGCAAGUUACCAGUUGAGAAAUAG